GGGUGUCACCGGAGCCGGGGUCUGCACCAUGGCUACGCUCGCGGCACGUGCUCCUGCAGAGGAAAGGGACCAGCGGCGCUGCCGGUGCCGGGCGUGCCACCUGCGGGGCUGCCAGGCGUGCCGGGACGUCUACACCAACACCGCGGAUUGGAAGCGGGACUCGUGCGUUCUGCAGGGGGAGCCCAUGCUGCCCGUCGCGGACCUCAGUCGGCGCCCCAGCCGCCGUCGGUCGCAGGCCCUCGCAGGCGACAACAAUAAGCGCAGCGUGCGGCGCGCCUGGACCAUCUCGAGUGGCUCCAGCCCGCGCUGGAGCGCGCCGCGGCGCGAGGCUCGCGAGUAUGCCAGCCUGCCGCGCAACCGCUGCCCGCGGGACUACCCGAGCCUGAGCCGCGGGGGCGAGGUGCACACGGACAGCGGCGUGGGCACGCAGGACGAGGCGGACCAGCCCGAGCACCCCGACCAGCCCAUGGACCUGGUGCGGACCAUGCUGGAGAAGGCGCGGCAGCGCGAGGACGCCCUCAGGAGCGUGGCAACGGUCGCGCCGACCCCGGCGUCGUCUGCUGCCCCCGUCAGCCUCAGCCUGCUCGGCCUCGGCGGGUCGCCGUGCGCACGGACGGGGCGACGCUGCCCCGACCCCGCGGUGCCCGACGGGGAGCCUGUCCCAGGCGCACACUCCUCUCUAGACGGCGACGACUUCCGGCUCGUGUUCAUCAGCAGCGACUCGAGCUCGCGCGACGAGGAUGAGCCCCGGUCCGACGAGGAUGACGACGACGACGAUGACGUGGGCGACUGCCUGUCCACCUCGUCCGGCGGCGUUGGCGUGACCCUGGACGACUGCGACUGGGACUACUUCGAGCCGGCCGUGGCCGCGAGGGACGACUCGUCGCCCAUGUCGACGCCCACGCCCAUCGCCGCGGCCCGGCGCCACCGCCACGCCAGGGCCUUCCUGGACGGGUCACCCUCGUCAUCGGACUGCUCGAGCAGCGGCUGGGCCCCACGCCGCGGCCUGGGGCUGCAGGACUGGCUGGCGGGGCUGGGGCCUCCGGGCGGCGACCCCCACCAGGGCGGCCACCAGGGCGCCGUCGCCACCGCAGGGAAGGGGGUCAAGGCGCUGCUUGGAAACCCUGGUUCCGGAUGCUGCCGCUCGCCGCAGCACAGUCGCCGGUCCAGCAGCCGUCCGGAGGCUGUGCAGGCUGCGGGGCCGGCGGGGCGGGGCGGGGAGGCGGCGCGCAGUGGUCCGGCUGGACCAAUACCCGGCCCGAUCCAGCCUGCAGUCGUGGCUGGUGCAGGCUCCGGGCCCUGCGCGUCGUGCGGCUCCAUCGUGCCCAUCCUCGUGCCCAUCCCAGUGCCCGUGCCCGUGCUCGUGCCCGUGCACUCAGUGCCCAGCACCCUCCAUGCCGUCCAGGCUGACGUCACCGCCGCCGCCACCAUGAGGCCGCACUCGGGGGCGGCCCAGCCCGGGGGCGGCGGCCGCCGGCGCAAAGGCGGGCGUGCGCGGCGCUCCAAGGGCUCGCCUACCCCCGCGCGCCCCGCCCCCGGCGCUCCCGCGGCUGCGGCCGCCGGCGCCGAGGGCGGCCGGAGAGUGUCGCGGACCUCCAGCGUCGCCGAGGAGGACGACAACGGCGUGGUGCUGGUCACCUACCGCCAGAUUAAGGACGACGCGAAGCAGGCUGACGCCCACCCUGACGACGUCUGCGGAAGCGCCGACCAGACCGACGACGCCCACCAAAUUGCGGGCCGAGUUGAUGACAAGCAUGACACUAAGUUGCACCCUGACGGAGCAGACGACGCCAGCCAGGCGGAACCGAUUAAGGAGACGGAUCCCGCGGGAAGGGAACAAGAAGAGAAAAAUGAAGGGGAAGAAGAUGUAGGGAAGAGUUCUUGUGCCUCAACGUCGUACUCGGACGAGGACACCAACGUGGACUUUGACAGCGAGGACGAAGACUCCAACGACGAGGAGGUGUCGAGGACGUACCGCCUCCGGGACGGGAUCACGCUCAAGCAGGGCCUCCGGCAGGACGACACGACCAGCUGCAGCCGCAGCAGCAGCAGCGCCAGCGGCGAGCCGCACCCGCACGAGGAGGACUCGGACUGCCAGCAGCCCUUCCGCCGCGUGUUCGUGGUCAACUCCUCGCCGUCGCCGUCGCCCACGCCCGCGGAUGACGUCACCCGGACAACAGCAACGGCGGAGGAGCCGGGCGACGCACCUCGCGGCAAAGCGACGUUAUCUGUGAGUCCCGCGGGCGAUAGCCGGCCUCGCGCGGACAGGUGCGCGGCGCCGCGGCCCCGCGAGGCCCCCCCGCCGCCGCCGCCGGCCGCCCCCGCGCCCCCCGCGAUCCCCGCCACCGGCGACACGUCACAGGUACCCAGCGUCGCCUGCUGUGCCGAGGCCGGCCAGGCCGCAGUGACUGCCGGCGCCGCGUCGAGCGAGGCGGAUCAGCCUACCGGGGGCCCGAGGACGUCGUACGCCGCGGUUGUGUCGCGCGUCAAGGAGGCUGGCGAUGUGUCUCCGGGGCUCUCUGACGUGGAGCAGCCAGAGCCCCAGGACGGCAUGACGUCGACGGAGAAGCCGGCAUGCCCCCCCUCUGCGACAGAGGGCGAGGCGGACAUGUUCGGCGCGGACCAGGGCGGCGGUGAAGCAGCCGCCGUGGCCGCCAUCAACAAGGAGGUGAUCGGGCAGGUGAGCCCGGACGAGCUCGCCUCGCUGGGCGGCAACGUCGAGUGCCUCAGCGUGAUCGAGACUGCGCCCGUCGCGCUCAAGGACAUCCUGCGCGACGAGUCGCUCCACCCGGAGGCAGAGGCGCAGCAGGUGCGCAGCCGCAGGAGCAGCGCCGCCAGCACCGCUAGCAGCCACCAGGACCUGGGCGACGGCGAGUUCUCCGGCACCGAGUCAAUGGAACUAUCGCCAUCCGGAGAUCGAGACCUGGAAGGCGAGCAGCAAGAGCACAAGCAGCGGCGGCAGCCGCUCGGGGCCGCGGAGGCAGCGGAGCGCGCCGGGGCAGCCGGGGCCGCGGGUGAGGGGGGCGGGGAGGCGAGUGGCGGGUCCGUUAGUCCGCUCGCUGCGCUCGCGGCCGCGGCCGGCCCUGAGCCGUCGGCGCGCGCUCAGCCAGCUCCAGGUGAGGAGGAGCCAGUCGCCCGCCGAGCGCCGCCCGACGAUGAGGUCUGCGUCCCCCUCAAGUACACCAGCCUGGUGAUGAUCACGCCCCCCGAGUCUCCCGUGAGUGUGAGCGUGGGGCCGCCCCGGUCCCCCGCCGUCACGUUGCUGCACACCAACUUCGAGGAGGUGGAGCAGGCCGAGGCCGGCGAAGAGGCCGCCUUCGAAGAAGAUACAGACGAGGACGACGACGACGAUGAAGACGACGAGGGCCUCGCGCCGAUGCCGGUGCCCAGGAGGACGCGGCCGAGCGACGAGGACGUGCAGGUGGUGACGGGCGGUCAGACCCUUUCUGCCGUCAUCUGCUUGGAGGAAGGGCUGGCCGACGACGACUCGUGGGUCGAGGAGGUAGAGCCCGACCGGGACGCGGACCUGGACAUGGAGGCCACCGCCACGGACACCAGCUCGGGCGACGAGGGCGUGGAGGGCGCGGCCGUGGACCGCGAGGAGGAGCUCCGCGGCUACCACCGGGCCGCCAUCGACUUCACCCUGCACACCAUCCUGGAGGAGUCGUGCGAGGAGAGCGAGACAGACCAGCGCACUCCCCCUCGCCCCCGCGCGCCCGCCUCCUCGGAGCUGGAGAAGUACUUCUUCUUCGACCUGGGUGGCGGGGCGAACGGCCUCGUGCAGCAGGAUGCCAUGUCCGAGACCAACAGCUCCAUCUACAGCGAGGGCCUCGAGUCGCUGGGCGCCGAGGACGGAUAUCCCGAGGAGGACCACCCCCAGGACCAGGCCGACCCCGCUGAGCUCGCAUCGUCACGCUUGGAGAAGUACUUCCUGUCCGGGUUCAUGGGCUUCCCGGGGAGCAGUCGUCGGGACUCAGACGGCAGCGUGGGCUCUGACAGCGAGGGGCGUCCCAGUCCGGAGCAGCGGCGCAAGCGGCUGGUGAGGGCGAGGGGCACGGGCCGGCCAGCGCACCAGGACGCCCAGGCCGCGCCGGCGCCCUCGCAGCCCGCGCAGCCCGCCGAGGCCGCGGCCGAGGACGUGGCCGAGGAGGCCAGUGGCUCGGAGGCCAGCACCACCGAGGACGAGGCGGGCGCACCCGAGGAGCCCGCCCUGGCCGUGGACGGCCAGUUCGACACCGUCAAGCGCAAGAAGAGAAAGCGUUCCGUGGGGAGCGCGCCCGGCCUCAACACGUCCACGCCGGCCUCGGGCGCCGGGCCCGGGUCCGCGCCGGCCUCCUCCGACGAGCGGGACGUGUGCGUGUCGCCAGCGCCCGCCGGCCAGGACCUCGGCGCGGGCCUCGCCGCCUCCAGGAACAAGCAGCACAGCAGGGACAGUGGCUUCGUGGGCAGCUGUGACGAUCUCCUGAACAAGAGCGCCAGCGACUCCAGCUCGAGCAGCGGCGCCGUCAGCCCGGCCGACCCCUGCCCGGGCCCUUGCCCCGUGGUGCCCGAGGUGCUCGACGAGGAGGCCGCCGCGGAGGCCGCGGCCCCCGCCACCCCGGUGGCCGUGGCCGCCUCCCACCGCACCACCACGCCGCCCGCCACCUCGCUGACCCGCAGGGACAGCUUCAACAACUGGAGCUCGGACGAGGAGACGAAUCUCAUGAUGUCCAAGAUGAGGGCCUUCUUCAAGAACAUGACGGCGCCCACACAGGCGCCGCCGCCCGCGCCCGCCCCGGCGGCCACGCCCGAGCGCGCGCAGCAGGGUGCGCCCGCGCCCCAGCGCCGCAAGCCUCCCCAGCUCGUGUACUUCGAGUCGGAGCUGACGCGCCUCAUGAAGACUGUCCCGGGCAUCCGCGACGAGCAGGUGCGCGAGCUCGUCGAGUACCUCAGCUCGGAGGACACGUGGAGCGACUCGUACGACUCGUCGGACUACACGUCGUCGGACCUGGAGGGCGCGGCCGGCCAGAGCUGCAAGCGCGCCCUGCAGGAGCAGAUCUCGGCCAGCUGCCAGCAGAUCAUCACCAACUUCGACACGGCCUCGGACACGACGGCGAGGCCCGAGGACGACGUGGUGUACCAGCGCCUCAUGGCGUCGCUGUCUCGGAUGGACGACAAGGCGGGCGCCGUGCCGCGGGCCGCCCCCGCCGCGCCCCAGGCCUCGCCGCCCAUCUUCGCCAAGGUCAUGCAGCACAUCGGCGGCCGCCUGGUCGCCCUGAUGCACGAGGUGUCCGGUGGCCAGGGCGGCCCCGGCGGCCCCCCGGGAGGUCCGCGCGAGAGAUACGUCCACCGGCGCCUGCAGCAGAAGCUGUCGGUGGCGUCGACCACCACGGAGGAGGACGAGGACUCUGUGACGGACACGGAGCCGGAGCAGCGCGGCCAGGACGACGCCCAGGACGCGGCCGAGGCCGCGGGGGGCGGGCCCACGACGCUGGCGCGCUCCCGCUCCCACGACCUGCUCGGCGGCAGCGCCGGCCUCCCCCACGACCACCUGCCGCACGACAUGAACGCCGACGAGCGCGAGGCCUCGGACUACGAGAGGUUCUCCUGGAGGGGCAGCUUCGAGUCGGCCCUCAUGGCGGCAGACUCGCGGUCUCGCCUCUCGUGCGGCGGCUCGGACACCAUGACGGCCUCGGUGGCCACGGCGGCUAAGCGCCGCUCGGCCGGCGACCUGCUCUACUCGCACCGCAGCCGCGAGCACCUGGACCGCGUGCGGUCCUGCGGCUCCAUGGGCGGCAUCGGCGCCUCGGGGCCGUCACCGGGACCCUCGCUCGGCACCAUCGCCGUGGCCCUCGCCGGCGCGGGCGCCCAGGGCCGGCGCGCCUCGGUCCCGGACACCUCGGGCGGCUCGGCCGACGGCGACGACGACGAUGACGGCGAUGACGACGACCUGGACGAGCACGACGACGACGGGCACGAGCUCGCCGACGUGGCAGCCAGGUCCACCACCUUGCCAAGGAGUCUACAGGCCACUCGCGGUGCGGGCACCAACAGCCUGCCGCGGCUGCCUACCUCGGGCUCCGGGGCGGGCAUCGCCUCCGCGCUGCUCAAGAUGAACGCCCUGGGCCAGGUGCAGAGCGCCCGCUACCGGCCGCCGGGCUACUCCCGGCAGCCCUCCGGCGCGCCGCCCGCGCCCGCCACCCUGCUCGGCCCGGCCCUCGGCAACCCCCCCAAGAGGGCCAUGUCGGCGCCGGGGCUCGGGCCGCACCAGCCCGCCCCGCACCCUCGCCGCGACCGGAGGAAGCACCUGCUGCAGAGCUCGCAAGGCGACGAGUCCUGCUCCGAGACGUCGUCCUCGGUGCCGGAGCCGCUCGGCCCCUCGCCCGUCUCCCGCCGCGCCCACCGCCCGACCCGCGGCGCGGCCACCCUCUCGGCGGCCUCCUCGCUGUCGGAGGCAUCCGCCGUCCGGGACUGGCUGCCCGACGACGACAUCCUGGCCGCCAGGCUGCCCGCGCUCAGCAGUGUCUCCAACCUCGGGCGGAGCGACUCGCUGGCGAGCGUUUACUCGGGUGCGGGAGAGGGCCGCUAUGGCACGGUUGCAGUGCGCGGCGAGGUCGAGUUCGGCCUGCAGUACAACUACAAGCAGAACGCCCUGGAGAUCCAUGUGGUACAGUGCAGGGAUCUGGCUCCCGUCGACACCAAGAGGAACCGUUCAGACCCCUAUGUUAAAGUUUACCUUCUUCCUGAUAAGUCCAAAGGAGGAAAGAGAAAAACAAGGGUGAAAAAGCACACUCUAAAUCCCUACUUUGAUGAAACGCUAAAGUUUCACAUUAGUUUAAAAGGGCUGGAGACUCGAACUCUUUGGCUUACUGUCUGGCACUCCGACAUGUUUGGGCGUAAUGACUUUUUAGGUGAAGUAAUGAUGGGUCUCGAGAACAAAGUCUUCGAUGAUCCUUCCCCCUGUUUCUAUCCUCUUCAAGAACGGACUGAACCCUAUGAUGAUGUCCAUAGUUGUAGAGGAGAUAUGAUAGUUGCCCUGAAGUUUGUUCCUCCUGAUGUGUCAGGCAACACAUUAGGGAAAAAAGGAAAACGGUCUUCAAAGGGAGAACUUCAUGUUCUAGUAAAGGAAGCAAAGAAUUUGACAGCAAACAAAGCCAAUGGCUCUUCAGAUGCAUUCUGCAAGAGUUAUCUUCUCCCAGAUAAAGGGAGAAGUUCAAAACAAAAGACUGCAGUCAUCCGUAGGUCCUGCAAUCCUGCAUGGAACCACACUUUUAUCUAUCCAGAUAUUAGUCUUCAGGAGCUGUCUGAGAGAUCGUUAGAGCUUACUGUGUGGGACCAUGAUAGGAUUGCUAGCAAUGAAUUCCUUGGAGGCGUGAGGUUUAGUCUAGGCACAGGCAAGCACUACGGUAAGCCAGUCGACUGGAUGGACUCAUCAGGCAAAGAGCUCACAUUAUGGCAACGCAUGCUUGAAAGGCCAAAUCUAUGGGUUGAAAGCUCAAUAACACUUCGGCCCUCCUUGGAACGAACAGCUUUCUCACCCAGCUCUACUACUUAAUUCAACACAGCAAGAUAAUAUUUUUCUUAAAUAUUGCAUUUUCUAGUCUCCCGCGCCAGUGCUUGCUGUUCAUGGUUCCACUGUUCCAUUGUUCUAUCUUAAAAAGAAACUCCGGACCUAAGCCACCUAUUUAAUUUACUACUAAAAAUUCUCAUUAAUUCUGUGAUUUUCUAUUAAACCAGAUAUGAAAAGAGAACCUGUUUUGAGCUUUAAGCACAGUUUGAAACUGGAGCUCCCAAGAUAUGCCAUGUAGGUUCAAUUCAGCAAAUACAGCACAGACUAAUGUGCCUUUCUUAAUGUACUAGUGAUUCUAUUGUGUGAGGAUAAAUUGUUUUAUAUCUUGAUGUAAGACUGAUAAGGUUUUGACCAAAUUUAUUCGAUUGUGAGUGAGGUAAAAGUUAUCGUGUGAAUUGGACAUUAAAUUUUUGUCAAAGUCUGUUCUAGCUGUCAAAGAGAGAGCCUUGACAAUAUAGGAAGUUAAAUGUUUAUUGAGAAUGGUCCUAGAAUAAAGAGAAGAUAGCUCCUAAGAAUGCUGUGAUACUGAUUUCAAGCUUCAAGCUGAUGUUUUUAAAAUUAUUGAUACGUGUAUGUAUUUUCUACUGCUUUGUCUGCUCUUAUAGUCAACUAUUCAUCUGUGUAAAGUCAUUGAACGAUUCCUGCCAUUUCUAAGGAGUAUCUUUAGUCACUUCUUGUAAUAUGAGAGUAAUUUUGUAAUACAGUUUAUUUAAUUACAGAAGCAUAGUAUAUUAAAUAUUUAAACAUUACACUAAUUUUCUUAUUUAUGAAAUACUGUAUGUUGAAGGAAUCAUUUGUUAUUAUAUUUAAUAAUAAUUCUCCAUUACUAUCAUUAAGUAUCUAAAGUCAAUAAAUAUUUUGACAAGUUUCA